AUGCACAAUCCACUCAAAAAACUUUCCCGAUCAAUUUCACACAAACUUCUUGGCAAACGAUCCAACGACAACCAGUCGACAGAGAGUUUUUCAUCGGCAUCAUCGACCACUUCAUCCACAGCAACAACUCCACAACAGAGCUCAAUGGAUGAGGAUCCAUACAGGGAGAUUCUCCGUUCCUACGAAGACAAUGUAUCACACUUGGUUUAUCAUGGCUCAUCGCUCCGUUCGAUGACCUCUUUGGAUAUUCGGAAAAAAUCUGACGAAGUACGCAGACCUGCCACUGUCGCCUCAAACCGAACAUUGUCUUACCAAUUAUGCCGAACGACAUGCAACCACUCAAUCAAUUGCCACUUACCAAGGAGAAAAAACCAUCGAAACCAUCUUGAAUCUAUUAGCUUUUUGAAUGCAAAACCAACUACAAAGACACAAUACCAAAAGCGGAAAAUGGUCAUUCCGAUGAUUCGACUUUUGCUGACAGCGUUGUUUGUGUUGUAUUUUGUGAUAGCACAAGAUCAUCUAAGGAAAAUCAGUGGAGAUGCAGCUCCGGAAAAAGCACAGGAACCACUCGAUGAAUUUGAUGAUUUCAUACCGACUAUUGACUCAUCGGUACGAUUAGACAGUAAUAUUCCGGAGCCUCCACCAUUACCAAUUGGUCUACAGUAUGUUCGGAAGACGGAACCAGCUCUACCACCAUCAGCAAAUGUGGCUCCUCCAUCCAUCAGACCACCUGAACCUCCUACCACAACCCCGGUACCAACAACAACAACAUUCAGAUUGAAUCAAACAAUUUCAAUUCCAUAUGAUGACGAAUUUCCAACUACAGUUGAUGUUGAUGAAGAAUUGCCAGAACCAACUGAUGAUCUAGAAGAGUUCCAGAAGGCAGACCUACUGGAAAAAGAAGAACGGAACAGUGGGAAGGAUCUCGUGAAAAAGACGAUGAUAAACACAACUAACGACUACUAUAUCACGUCUCCAGCCACAACUGUGAUGUCAGAUCUUCAAGAGGACAUUGCUGGGGGAGAUAGCUUUUUUGAUUCCGACAAGCUUUUCGAUAAAAAAAUAUCCGUAACGGAUACCAUACCAACAACAGAUGAUAGUGUUGAGUCGAACACAAAAAGUGGGGAUGUUCUACUGUUCUUUCAUCUAGACAUAUUUUAUAGACACCACCACCACAACUACGACUUCAACGACCACGACGACUUCCUCUCCAAAGACUCGUGUCAUGACAACUCAUGCAGCCCACCAGAAGACGUGUAUUCAUGUGAAGGAACUGAAACUGGCGUCAAAAAAGGGACAAUUGAAGUUUCCGUGGAAUUGGGUGAAGAAGACGAUGUGGAAACUAACGAUGAUUCUUCAGAAGAAGCAGAAGAAGAACGACGAGUUAGGCAAAUCAGGAACAAGAAACCUGUAGUUUGGAAGAAGUUCGAGAUGAACUGCGAUGAAGAAGUCGAUGACAAGGGAAAGAUCUGUAAAGUGGGUCCUUUCAAAUCUGAAAAAUAA